AUGCGCACGCCUGGGACUCGCACGAGGCCGCCUCAGCCGCAGCCGCAGCCGCAGUCGCAGCCCCACUCGCCCGCCGGCGGCGCCGGCGGCCCGUUCGCGCCGCGCGGCUGUGACGAGAUGCUGCCGUCGCCGUUCACCACGGUCCCUAGGUACCUCAUCGCCACCGCCGCUGCGAUGAUGUCAUCGCCCUCCGAUGUCCCCAGCACGCCCGCGGACACGCCGCGCUCCGUCAGCCCGCGCGCCGGCUCACGGGACGCCGCGCCGCCGCCGCCGCUGCUGGCUGUCGCUUCGACGCCGCCGGAGCGCCCGCGGAGCGGCGCCGGCGCGCGUAGCACUGCGGGCGCGGGCGCCUCGCCUGGGCGCGCGUCGGCGGCGGCGGCGCCGUCGCCUCCGUCGCCGCCGCGGCUGAUGCAGGUGUGCUCGGAGCCCCCGGACAGGCCGCGCGCCGCGUGCACGCCGCUGGCCGGGGAGUGCGCCGACGGCGCCCCUGUGUCCUCCGGGCCGCCGACCAACUACCGGCGCGGCCGCUUCAGCGUUACGGUCCAGCAAGGCGAGACGCCGCGGCAGGCGGCGGCCCAGUUGCCAGCGAACCAGAGCCUGCCAAACCUGCAGGCGGCGGCGCCCGAGGGUGCGGCAGCGGCGGGGGCGAUGCGGCACAGCGGUAGCGCCGCGGCGCUCGGCGCCGCGCCGGGCGCGCCGGCGCCGCAGCAGCCCCAGCAGCAGCAGCAGCAGCAGCAGCAGCAAGCAGCGCCCACGCGCGCGCCAAGCGGGCAGGCGCCCGGCAGCCGGCUGCGGCGGCAGGCGGGGCCGGAGGAGCCGCACCUGUCUGGUGAGCAGGCGCAGUGGGCGGCGGCCCAGCAGCGGCAGCAGGCGCAGGCGCGACAGAAGUCGCCACGCGGCGCCGCCGGGGCUUCGGAUGCCGCGGCUGGCGC